UUUCCUUCCUGAACAGUUCAGCACGCCCCAUACACAGAAAUGGCAAUCAUGUCUCUGAAUCCUAAGUCAAAAUUGAAACCCCUCUUGAAUUUGUGUAGAACCUUCUCUAACGCUCCUCUCCCCGUGUGUUCAAAGGAUAAGAGCAAGUUUAUCGUGCCGCAGUAUACAGCCCCGGGAAGGUUAAAUUGCUUGGUUAUUUCGAUCGAGGAUACGACUCAUAAACUCGAAAGAGAUAUCAAUUAUCCAAAGCUUUUUCAUAACCCCGUUGGGGCUUGCAAUGGUUUGGUGUUGCUUGAUUUCUAUGGAUCAUAUGAUAAAGAUACAGACACAGAAACAAGUCGAUGCGAGGCUCUAUGGAACCCCACCACCAACGAACUCAAGAUCCUUCCUCCAUCUCCCGCAACUUUGGAUCCAAGAGACGCACUUAUUUUCAAGUCGAGCUGCAUGUAUUUUGGUUUUGGGUUUGAUUCGGCGUCUGAGGACUAUAAAGUGAUAAGAUUUGUCAUACCUAGGGUUAAUGACGCUAAUAUGAUGGCUGAACUGUAUUCGCUCGCAACUAAUUCCUGGAAACCAGUUAACGUUCCUCCUCGCGCUGGUCCAUGUUGGGGUGGCAUUCACGUAAACGGUUCUUAUUACGGGAAAAGUACCUCAGAGCCUGGUUUUAUAACGUCUUUUAACUGUGCUACGGAGAAGUUUGCUUCCUGUCCUAUUCAUGUGCCUCAAAGCGAAAAACUCAAUAGGCCAUAUUCUAAUUUGACGCUGGUGGAAUUUCGUGGUUCGCUUGGUGCUGUUGUUGACUUGUUCACUUGUCGCACUGAUCCUUUGCGUAGUUUGGAAGUUUGGGUGUGGGAUGACAUCAAAUGGACGUGGUCUCUGGUGUCCACGUUCGACGUCCCUCGUGCUAUGAGUGCAUGGAGCCUCGUUGGGAGUGAUAAAAUAAUUUUUGUGGAGUCUCUUAAUCGUGAUUUGAUGGUCUUUGACUAUGCAACGGGCAAGUUGGAGAACAUUGCUGGUGCACCUCAAGCUUUGGUACCGAAAAUCUUACCUUUUGUCGAGAGCUACAUUCCACUGAACUAAUCUGGGAAAUGAUAAAUGAGAUGGUUGAGAUGGUUGUAGGCUUUAACGAGCAUUUUACCUUUUGUCUAGAGCAAUGUUCCAGGAAAAUAAUAUUUGAGUUGCGUUUCUUUCUUUUUUGGGAUUGCUAUGUUUAUUCCAUUAGUGCAUGUCAAUUUGGUUUGCUCUAGUACAGAUUAUAUAUUGACAUAUAAUUUCAUUAGUAUAUGUUCAGUGAGGGAGAGAGAAAACAGAGCGUGGCUCGUAGAGAUUGAUUCUCACAUCCAAAAAUGGG